AUGGGCAAUGAACUCCUCCUCAUAAUUGGCUUCACCAUCUUCUCCCUCGUCGUCACCAUGGCUUGGGUUGGGGGCUACCUCGACACGUAUCAACAUACACUUCAAAACGUCAUCCUGGACAAGACAGGCGAAAACAGAGCCUCCUACGGUUUAAAAACUGUACUCACUGGUCAAAAAACCGGCGACCAAGACCUCGAUGCUGUGCAAGAUGGAGUGGGGAGUGGAGUUGGGGGCUUGGUAGGGAAAGGCGGUGUAGGAGAGAGUAUUGGGAGCACGUUGAGCAAAGGACUGUGA